AUGGUAGUGGUUGCUGAAACACUGUGUGGCUUUGCUCUGGCUGUAGUUUUACCAGAAAUUGCGCUGCAGUACCAUGGGCAAGAUCGCACAAUAGACUGGGGGACAUUGUGGCCCCAAGAUCAUUUUCUUAAGUCUGAAAAACUUUCCAUCUGUAUAAAAGUAUAUCUGCCACGUCACACAUUGUCAAAGCACUGUGAGCAGAGUCUCUUGAGACAAUCUUCCAUGUCUGUUUACAAGGGACAGAGAGAAGAGUUGGGCAAGGAUUUGGCUCUGCUGGCUCACAGAGAUGUAGACAGAUUUCCCAAUGUUUGGCAAUGGUGGUGCAGCCGGAAGGGGAUGGCUGGAUGUACUCCAGGGCAGUGGGAGCUGUGGCCCUGUUUGGAGCAGUUAAUGAAUCAGAAGGUAUUUUGUGCUAAGUUUGUGUUCUAUCUUUUCUUUCUCAGCCAUAUAGAAAAAAUUACAACAUGGCAAGAUCCUCGAAAAACUAUGAACCAGCCACUGAAUCACAUGAGCCACCAUCCCACAGCUACUUCCACACCAGUGCCACAGAGGUCAAUGGCAAUGUCGCAGCCUAAUCUCGUCUUGAAUCACCAGCACCAAGUAACGCCCAGCACAGCCAUGCCGCAGCAGAGUCGUCCUCCCCAGGUGCCGCAGCCAGGGCUGUUGAACUUGCCCAGUGCACUGACCACGCAGCAGCAGCAGCAGCAGAAGCUGAGGCUCCAGAGAAUCCAGAUGGAGAGGGAGCGGAUUAGGAUGCGUCAGGAGGAGUUACUGCGACAGGAGGCUGCUCUAUGCAGACAACUUCCCAUGGACUCAGAAAACAUGGUGCCUGUUCCAGCAGCUGUGAAUACACCUGCCAUGACACAAGACAUAAGGCCUAUUACAAAUAAUGGAUCUGAUCCUUUCUUGAACAGUGGGCCAUACCAUUCCAGGGAACAGAGCACGGACAGUGGCUUGGGAUUAGGAUGCUACAGUAUACCAACGACACCUGAAGAUUUCCUCAGCAACAUGGAUGAGAUGGAUACAGGAGAAACUAUACCACAGACAACAAUGAACGUAAAUCCACAGCAAACGCGUUUCCCCGAUUUCCUCGACUGUCUUCCAGGAACAAAUGUUGAUCUUGGGACUCUAGAGUCAGAAGACUUGAUCCCUAUUCUCAAUGAUGUGGAGUCCGUACUCAACAAAAAUGAGCCCUUCCUUACCUGGCUGUAAUGGUUUGAUGAUGAUUUGGCCUACAAUGCAACUCAACAUUUCUUUUUCCUCUUGAUAUAGAGGUAGAAUAUCUGAAAAUCCUCAAGAGAUACACCUUACUGCCUUAAUGACUUUUGUUAUGUCAUCUUUAUGGUCAGUUUAAUCUCUGCCUGGAUUUGAUUGACACUAAUUUAAGUAUAAGAUACAUAUAGAUAGAUACAUA